AUGGAAUAUGAUAGCUGCUUUAAAAAAAGAAAUGAUGAGUAUGUAUUAAAUUUAUAUAAAAAAUGUCAACAUUUUUGUAAAAAAAUAAAUAAUCACUUUUGUGAAGAAGAUUUAAUUAAUAUUGAAGAAGAUUUUCCAAUAAAACGUAUUUCAAAAAAAAAAAAACUUUCUGGGGAAAAGUGUAAUGAUGAAUCAAGAAUUAUAUCUCCAUAUAAUAAAUUUAAAUAUGAUACUUUUUUAAUUAUAGACGCUAUUCAAAAUAGUAUUGAGACACGAUUCAUGAAAAAUGAAAAUUUAUUAAAAGACUUGAACUGGUUGGACCCUAGAAGUUUUGCAGUAUUUAACAACACUGAAUUAUUGCCUGUAUCAGCUUUGAGUACUAUAUGUAAAAUAUCUGGACUGAAUCAUCAAGUAAACUUAACAGAAUUGAAACAAUUUUCCAGUCAAUAUGAACAUUUUAUACCAUAA